GAUCUCAACGAUGCAGAGAACAGGCAAAGGCAAGACUCCUCGGAGGCACGGACCUAGGAAGGCGUCCAACACAGAGAAGGAUCCAGUUGGCGUGUACUGCCGUAUACGACCGCUGGGAGCAGAAGAUGAAGAAUGUUGUGUGGACAUGAUCAGCAGCUCCACUAUUCAGCUCCAUGCUCCCGACGGUCUGAAAGCCAACCGCAAUGGAGAAUACAAAGAGACACAGUACACCUUCAAAAAGAUAUUUGGUAUUAAUACCACGCAAAUCGAGCUUUUUGAUGUUAUUGCCAAGCCUCUGAUUGAUGACCUCAUAGACUGUAAGAAUGGUCUGCUGUUCACUUACGGUGUUACUGGAAGCGGUAAGACCUUCACCAUGACCGGCGCUCCUGGGGACGGUGGGCUCCUCCCUCGUUCUCUAGACAUGCUCUUCAACAGCAUCGGCGCCUUUCAGGCCAAAAGAUUUGUGUUUAAACCGGAUGAGAAAAAUGGGAUGGAGAUUCAGAAUCAAGUGGACGCUCUCCUGGAGAGACAGAAGCGAGACAGUCAGCCGUCAGUGCCCAAGACACCAGCCUCCAGGCAGAGGGCUGACCCAGAAUUUGCAGAUAUGAUCAGCGCAGAGGAGGCGUGUAAAUCUGAGAAUGUGGACGAGGACUGUUGUUACAGCGUUUUCGUGUCCUACGUCGAGAUCUACAACAACUACAUCUAUGAUCUCCUGGAAGAUGCUUCUAUUGACCCAAUCAGAUCAAAGUGGCUCGGUGGAGGCACGCCUGUACGGAACAAUGAGUUCAUAGCACCUCAAUCCAAGAUUCUCCGUGAAGAUCAGAAUCAUAACAUGUAUGUGGCUGGCUGCACGGAAGUGGAGGUCAAAUCCACAGAAGAGGCGUUUGAAGUCUUUUGGAAGGGGCAAAAGAAAAGGAGGACGGCCAACACUCAACUCAACCGGGAAUCCAGUCGCUCCCACAGUGUGUUCACGGUGAAGUUGGCCCAGGCCCCACUGGAUGCUGAUGGGGACCACAUUCUACAGGACAGAAACCAGGUGAAUGUGAGCCAGCUGUGUCUGGUGGACCUGGCCGGCAGCGAACGCACCAGUCGAACCAGAGCCGAGGGAAGCCGACUCCGUGAAGCCGGUAAUAUCAAUCAGUCUCUGAUGACACUUCGCACAUGUAUGGAAGUGCUGCGGGAAAACCAAAUGUGUGGAACUAACAAGAUGGUUCCAUACAGAGACUCUAAAGUCACACAUCUGUUCAAGAACUACUUUGACGGCGAAGGGAAAGUCAGGAUGAUUUUGUGCGUCAACCCAAAGGCCGAUGAUUAUGAAGAAACUAUGCUGGUGAUGCGCUUUGCCGAGAUGACCCAGGAGGUGGAGGUGGCUCGACCGGCCGACGGUCCGAUCUACGUCCUUCCUGCAGGACGCAGACAGAGACACCAGGCGUCCAGAGACGAGAUGUCACAUGACCCAGAUCUGCUGACUCGGCUCAUUGAAAGCCUUCCAGCCCUGCCUUCCAGUGAGGUGGUGGACCCAUUCGAUGAUCAGACGCUGCCCCGCCUGGUUGAAGUCCUGGAGAAGAGGCAACACAUUCGUCAGAUGAUAUCAGAGCAGUUCAAAACGAAAGCCAAUACACUGAUGUCCGUGCUUCAGCAGUUUGACAACCAGCACAGUGCAAAGGAGACUUUCCUACACAACCAACAAAGCAAACUGAACGAGAAAGACAAACUGGUCGCCAGUCAGAGGACGGAGCUGGAACGAUUGGAGAAAAAAUCCAAAAUGCUGGAAUAUAAGAUUGACAUCCUGCAAAAGACGACAGACAUGUAUGAGCAGGACAAACGCUCGCUGCAGAACGAGCUGGAGACCCGGGAGCAAAGGCUCCAGAGGGAGCUUGGCGAGAGGAGGCGCUUGGAGCAGCGCAUGCACGGCGUGGUGACGGACACCCGGCACAAGUGGGAGAAGGAGUGUGAGAGACGAGUGAACGCCAAGCAGAUGGAGAUGCAGAACAAGUUGUGGGUGAAGGAUGAGAAGUUGAAGCAGCUGAAAGCCAUAGUGACGGAGAGCAACAGCAGCAGCGGCGGGAGUUCCUCUGAAUGUCCAGAGAAACCCGCGAGGCCUUCAAGAGAGAGGGACAAGAACAUCCCCCAGAAGAGGUCUGCGUCCCCAUCACCGACUCCUACGGCCCUUCCCGUCCAUCCAAUGCACAGACGCUCUCACUCUGCGGGUGGGGAGAAAUGGGUAGACCACAAACCCGCCUCUAAUUUGGACCUAGACACUGUCAUGCAGCCAAUCAUACCCAAUGCAAUCAAAGUGUCGACCCCCAGCGGGAAAGCUCUGUCUAAAUGCCAAAAGUAUGUGCUCAGACAUCAAGAGCUCGCCUCUGACGGGGAGAUCGAGACCAAACUGAUCAAGGGUAAUGUUUUUAAGACCAGGGGCGGAGGACAAGCUGUGCAGUUCACUGACAUCGAGACGCUGACACAAGAGAGUUCAACAGCACCGAGUCGCAAAAGGCGAUCUGGCUCUGGAGAAGGUCGAGUUCAACGAGAGAACACCGAAAACGUGCCUCCAGUAUCGAGCACAAGUUCCAGCCAUGGCUACCAAAAACGGAGAAAGCCUUGAGUCGCUGACAAUCUAAAGAACCUUUUUUUUCUUCUUUCCUUAAACUUAUG